UCGUUAAUUGUACGGUAUUGGUACGGACAACAGUACAGAGUUUAGACGCGACACACAAAAAAAUAAUAACUUUUCUUAUGCUCAUUUUUAAGACAUUUUACUUAUUCAUUUGAAUAAAAGUGAUUUUGCUAAUAUUCUAGGUUUAACAAUGGCAGAGGGUGAGAGACGUUCUGUUGUAGAUGAAAGGAGGUAUGCCAUUGUAACGAAGGAAUCAAUAUCAAUGAUGGCAGAAUCUGGUGGCCAUGACGAUAUUGAUGACACUAUUGCUGGUAUACUUGGUGAAGAUGUCAGCUAUAGAUUAAGAGAAAUUACUCAGAAAAGUGCACAGUUUAUGAGACAUUCACGGAGGAAAUGUCUACAUACAGAUGACUUCAACAAGGCAUGCAAAUUUAGUGAUAUACAGCCAGUACAUGGUCAUGGAUCUAGUGACCCACCGGCACCUUUCCAUCACAUUAAGACAGAUAUAGGAGAGUCCAUACAUUUCACUGAUGAUGCUGAACAAAAUCUAGCAAGUGCUGCAGUUAAUGAUUAUAUGCCUAAACAACUUGGUGAUACAACAAUUAAAGUUCAUUGGCUUGCAGUUGAAGGUGUUCAAAAAACAACACAGAAUCCACAAGGUAACAAAAUAGAGCUGAGUGCAGCAUUGAUGAAAUAUUUCGAUAAAAUUACACAAGCUGUCCUGGGACUGGACUCUGAAAUGAUGAAGACAGCAUUGUCAGAUGUUAGAACCAAUGCUAAUAUAUCACCACUGUUACCACAUUUUGUCAGCUUUGUAGCCAAUGGAGUAAAGAUUGUGAGUUAUGAUCUACGUCAACUUAGCCAGCUUCUAUAUCUGAUACAGAGCCUAGUAUAUAACAGUUCUCUAUUCCUAGAGGCACAGCCAUUUCUUGCCCAGUUAAUACAAAGUAUUGAAUAUUGUCUACUCCAACCUCUGCCAGUCAAUGGUAGCACCACUAGUGACCAGUGGUCAGUCAAAGAUUAUGCUGCUAGAUUACUGUCACAUGUUAUUAGGUUAAAAAAUACCAGAAUAAAACUCAAGUUUGAUAAUGGUUAUUGUUUUACCAUAUGUUUCAGUAUCUGGGGUAAUUCUGUGAACCACCUGGAGAGAUUUACAGAGAAAACAUUACGAGAAACAUUAUAUGAUCAUAAUAAACCAUAUACAGCACAUUAUGGAGCUAUCAUGGGAUUACUCUACCUUGGAUCAGAGAACAUUGAGAGAGUAGUAUUACCCCAUCUAGGCAUAUAUUGGCCGUUUCUAAUGUCUGGACUGAACAAAUCAAGUCCCCAGACUUCACAACUACAACACAGUGCUUCCAUGGUAUAUGGUGCUCUUCUGCUGAGUGUUGAACACAUUCUACGAAAAUACAUCAAACAAUUUAAAGACCAGCAUUUACCGAAUAAAACUAAGACAGUUCAUGACAGUGCAAGUGUUCUUCAACCUGUCAAGGUCAAAAGUCAAGGACAUUUGGGAAGUAGUUCAUUUAUGUCUAUGUUUCACAAAUCCCCAGUGACAUUUUACAUAGAAAUGAUUGAAUAUUUUGGUGAUAGUUUGACAUUGAAAAUUCCUGAGAUAUUAGAACUAAAGAGAGAUGUGUUCACACCAUCAACAAGGGAAGUAAAAACGUUCCUCACAGAUGUAGAAAGUCAGAAAUCUGGGGAGGAAUUACUGGCAGAGUUAGAAGAACAAGUUAAACAGGAAGAGCAAGAAAAGAAAUUACGGCAUAAGGACAGUUAUCAUAAAGUGAAAAAAGAGCUUGACUUUAAACAGCGAUCAGUGAGACAAAAAAGAGAGCUAGAGAAUCGUCAAGCUGAUCGUCGUCAACAGUUACAAAUAGCUCAGCAACGUCAGCUGAUAAGUGCCGCAGGUGACAGCGAUGCUGAGAUAGAUGUAGAGGGAGAUAAUGACAAGUCCGAUAACUCUUUCAAUUCCGAGAAGUCAGAGGAAGAUCUGAAUGGAGAUAUGUCUGUUGCUGUGAAAAGCUCAAUAGGUGAACCUGGACAAGGAAUCAAAUUAACAUUUACAAAACGACCAAAACUGACGCAGUUUAGCGGAGAUUCUCCGUUCAGUGAUUUUGGUGACUAUAGGGAGAAGGAAUCAAAAAGUAGAAAAAGGAAACAUAGUUCUCUAAGUCCUGAUUUUGAUAUUUCAAAUUAUGAGGCUGGACCUUCAUCAUUCUCCCAUCUUGGAUUAUAUUCGUCGGAGGGGGAAGGAAGUUCAGAUAGCGGUACUGGGCGUAAAUCUCUCACCAUCAAGUUAAAGAAGAGAGAUAAUGUUCCAUGAUGAUUUGUUGUUCAUAUGUUUUAGUUUACAUUAUUUUGAGAUUCACAAGAUCUUGUUAAGAUUCUUUUUAGACCUGAUUUUACAUUUUGGUUGUACCAAUAUGGAACAUUACUGUCAAAAGAAAUUCUUUUAUGUAAUAAUAAAAUGGACAUGUUCCAAAGUUGAAAAUUUUUGUUGAAUUAUCCUUUAAAAGAAUAGAAUAUGUGCUAUUUUCAAACAUUUUCAAUCAUAUAUUCAUGCUAGGAAAAGAAAACUUGCCCUAACCUCUAAGCUUGAAUUGUCUGUUGCCAAUACUUAUUUUGUAAAUGCAGUGCAGUGAAUUAUGAGUAAUUCAAAGUUUUUGAAACACCAGCAUUGUGCAAAUAAGUUAACUUGUAAUGGAUGUUAACAAAGCCGACUAAAAGUGGAAACACGUUGCUAAGGUUUCUUACUGCUUACUUUCUUAUUUUCUUAAAUGGAUUUGUCCAGCUUUCAUUUAUGGAACUGUCAAUAAACUUAUUAUGGUGAUACGAAGCUGAAAAUUUAGUUAGUCAAACAGUAUAGAACCUGGCAAAGGGUAAUGACUUUAGAUUCCAAGUUAAAAAAUUUAUUGAAAUUAAGGCUGUUGUACUUUGCUGCCCUUUUAUAAUAACUUGAGACUAGUAUAAUUUAAGUGUCGCUUGAUUGAGGACUUAUAUAAAUACCUUUAAAACAAUGUUUUCAUUCCGAAUGUGCGUUUCCUAAUACAAUUUAUUUAUUUGUUCGUGUUUCAGGUGAAGUGAAUAUGUCACAUGUAUGAUUUGUAAUCUUGGU